GUGAACUUUUUUAGUGUAAUGAUUUUCAAUCCAUGAAAAAUUUCUCUUUGACAAAUACCACUACUUUUGGGUAAAAAAUGAUUAAAUCAAGUUUCAUCCUAACCCUGGGUCUUUUAGCUUGUUUGACUGGCACUGGUGGCUUCAAAUUUGCUCCAUUUUAUGACACAUUUCUCCAAAAUCGGACCUCCCUCUUGGCCUUCUUUGAAGCCACGGGACAAAAGGAUUUCCACAUCGCGUUCGCUUUAGGGGGACGCGAACCAUGUGUUCCAACUUGGGGUGGCGAAUUCGCUAUCGACGAUCCAGAAAUUCUGAACCCCAUUAAAGCUGUAAUGGACAUGGGAGGAGAAAUUAUUGUCGCUACGGGAGGUGCCCUUGGUCCCUAUCUUGAGCAUUCUUGCACCACCUCUGAAACACUUGCCCAGGCUUAUCUCACCGUCCUCAACACCGUUGGAACUACCCAUCUCGACAUUGAUAUCGAAACAUCCGUAAAUGUCGACAUGAUGAACAAAGCUUUAGCCAUUGUGCAAAGGAGCCGUCCAGAAAUCACGGUCAGUUUCACUUUAAUGGUGACAGGGGAGGAUUACGGGGUCACUCCCCAACUCGGGGUCGAAGUUCUCAUCAACGCCAAGGCAAACGGUGUCCGUGUCGACAUCGUCAACGCUAUGGCGAUGGAAUAUCCCAAAAUUAGUGAAAAUUUUGGUGACUCUGUCAUCAAUGUUGGAAUUGCAGUUCUACUUCAAAUGAGGGAAAUUUGGCCGGAGAAAUCCUUCACCGAAUUGAAAAGCAUGCUCGGUCUGACCCCAAUGGUUGGCAGAAACUUUAAUGGAAAUAUUUUUGAGGUGGAGCACGCCAAGAAAAUUGCAGAUUGGGCGAAUUUGAACCAAAUUGGUCUAAUCGCUUUCUGGUCGAUGGAGAGAGAUAACGGGCGCUGUCCUGGAAUGUCUUUUCCUUCUCCGUAUUGCAGUGGAACGUCCCAGCUAGAGCUGGAAUUUACGAAAGAAAUCAUGAAAUUUGCUUCCAAAAAAUAAUGGUUACGAUUUAUAAUUGGCAUUCAGUAUUAAAUAUUUUUUGGAAAUUUUGUAAUCCUGAGUUUCUGAUUUUGAAGCAUAAUUUUAACAACAUUUUGACUCGUGGAAAUACUGCAAUUAUAAUUAUUGCUUGAAAUAAAUAUUGAUAAGUUUA